CCGGCGAGGUACACUUCUCGCGAACUCGCUGCCGUCGCAGCUCUCCUCCCUCUCACUCUUCCUCCGAAGCCCGAGUCGGAUAGGAGGCUCUCGUCGACGUUCUCCCUGUCGAGGCCGUCGGCUCGAUACUCGCGCACUUCAGCUCGCAAUCAGUAUCCGAGUUCGAGUUUCUGUGCGUUCCGAUCAUUUCUAACGUUAAACGUUAAACGUGAAGGUGGAUUCGCGAAGGCGCCCGUCGUCGUCCAUAGAGUCCCUUUCCCUGGGAAAAUACGUCCGGAACGAUCUCUGAUUUGGUGCGGAGCGAUGAAGGAUUCGCGACGCGUCGCGCCUUCGCUUCCCGAAGCCUGGCGAAUUUGUCGCGGCGAUUUCAUCGCGACUUAAGGGAGAGCGGCGUGAAACGUCUCGGAAGAGAGAGAUAGAUGUUGCGAGCGAUACAACUCGAGGGACGGGACAAGAUGGACAUUGACUUGGAGCAGAAUCGGGCAGCCCCGCAGCGGAUGGAUGGCUUGACGACGGUAGGACGACGUUAGAACGUUACCGCUUGCGGCUGCAGCUGCGGCGGCGUGAUCGGUCGCUGCACCUGCAGCUGCGGCGGCAGCAGCGACAGCAACGACGACGGCGACGACGUGGACGACGGCGACGAGGGCGACGGCGAAUCGCGAGCUUAAUCAGCGAUGCAGAACGCCGGCGACAGCUAUUAUCAGAGGCCGCCGAGAUGCUGUCCGGGCAGAAGCAGCGGCAGCAACAAUAACAACAACAACAACGCGGUGCGAGGCGCGGAGCUGCUCUGCUGCUGCUGCAGCUGCAGCACCGCGACCUCCACGAGAACCCCGGGUCUGCUGGCGAGCCUCGGCGUGUGCGUGCUCGUUCUCGGCUACACCCUCCUCGGCGCGUUCGCCUUCAUGGCCCUCGAGGGAGGCUUCAAAUCGGAUUCACCCACCGAGAUCGCGUCCUCGAAACCCGACGGUGGUGGUUCCUACGUGUUGCCGAAUCUGGAAAACGAUUCCGCCGCCAUGGAAUUGAGGGCGCGCACGGUCGAGAAACUUUGGAGCAUCACCGAGGAUCUCAACGUUCUCUACAAGGAGAACUGGACCCGCCUGGCCGCCCGGGAGGUCCUCGAGUUUCAGGAGAACCUGGCCCGCGGGCUCAGACGCACCUCGUACGAGCAGGUGCCGCCCUUAUCACCGCGAUCACGGGAACAUCACGCGGACAGACGCCUGCAUGGUCGACGAUGGACCUUCAGCGGUAGCUUGCUGUACUCCCUCACGCUGAUCACGACCAUAGGAUACGGUAGCGUUGCGCCGCGCACAGUCUGGGGCCGGCUGAUCACCAUAGUCUACGCCCUGGCGGGGAUCCCGCUGAUGCUGGUCUACCUCAGCACGGUGGGCGACGUGCUCGCCCGCAGCUUUCGUCGUCUUUACGGCCGAAUGUGCAGGAGGCCGCGCAACUGCACGCGGAAGCGACAACCGCCGCCGCCUCCGCCGCCGGUCGGCGGCAUAAUGACCAAGGCGUAUCGCUACGACAAUCACGUGGAGACCAAGGGUGGCGGCAACUACUACUCGGCGAGCAGGGAGAGCUCCUGCGACGAUCUGGGUAUCCGCGGCGCCGGCAGCGCGAUUCUCCUCGACUGUGGCAGCGAGGGUCUCCUACACGCCACCACCAGCUCCACGGCCGCACUUCAGGAUAUUUCGACGGGUAACGGGAAGCGGCAUUUUCACCCGUGCUCGUUGUCCUUAUCGUCGACCUCGUCGCCGGCGUACAUGUUGGAGACGAACCCGGUGAGGAUACCGAUCAGUCUGUGCCUGGCGAUAAUGCUGGUGUACAUAUGCGGCGGCGCGGUGAUGUUCAACCGUCUGGAGGGCUGGAGCCUGCUGGAGGGCGGCUACUUCUGCUUCACCAGCCUCGGCACGAUCGGCUUCGGCGACCUGAUGCCGGUGGGACGCAACGCCGCCUCGGCCACCCUGGAGGAGCUCAGCCUGUGCGCCUGCUCGCUCUACAUCCUCGCCGGGAUGGGCCUGAUCGCCAUGUGCUUCAACCUCGUCCAGGAGGAGGUGGUACGCGUGGUCAGGGUCUUCGGUAGAACCUGCGGCAUGUCGUCGGGCGUGGUGAUCGGACCUAUCGGUGGUACAGGUAUCCCUGAUGAAGGCAUUCGGUGGGGAAUCGGUAGCGAGGGUCUCCCGCAAGAAAGAAAAAUCGUCGUGAAAAAAAAAUCGCUGAUCCUUUUUUUGUCGACCGUCGUGCGUCGAUUCCAAAAAAGAAAGAAAGAAAGAAAAAAAAAAAAAAAAGAAACACGCACGCGACAUUUUCAUCCAUUCAUGAAUUCGAUACACCUGCCGAUACGUACCCAACGAUCGGGCAUGAUUCAUAUCGCGAGAAUGCGUAAAUAAGGGUUUUCAACGUACCGUAAAAGAAAAAGUUACCGUCGUUAUGCCGUCAUGUCAAUCCUAUUUCCGCACAGAAGCAUGAAAAUCGCCGAGGCGAUUGACUGUCACGAGACACGCGUCAGGAUCUCUUUCCUUUUGUUUGCAGCAGGCGCCGUUCCCGGUCUCAAGGCCGACCUCGACGACGGAGGUGGUACCAGCGACUCGCGACUGUCC